AUGAAUGUUGGUAUCUUGUCCUUGGUGCUGUGUCUGGCCCUAUUGGUCUCAUCCACUGGUGCAGCUACUGGCUCCCAACAAGUCAACUAUGUUACUCCAACCUCGCCUGCUGGUAUCUCCUGUCCCGGACAGCCCUGCCUGACUCUGGACCAGUAUAUUACCAGCUCCAGUACUUACAUCGUCUCCAACACAGAUUUCAAACUUCUCCCUGGAAUACACCACAUCACCAGGACUUUUGUCACACGAAACAUUGAGUGCAUCACCAUUGAGGGCGACACUUGUGGAAAGUCAAACUCUCGAGUACAAAUCAGUGGAUAUUCUCUGCAGUUUAUCAACACUGUUGAUGUUUACAUUAUUGGAAUAAAAGCAAACUAA